AUGGCAGAUGUUAAAGCAAAGAAAAAGUUACAAGAGUUUGUACAAAAAACAAAUCAGAAAUUCUCAUCGGAUCAGAUUAUGGGAGUUUAUAAAAAUUCAGAAAAAUAUAGUUUCGAAAAGCAAUCGAGUAUUUUAAAACAAUUAUUUAAGCCUUACACUCCGGAUUUCGAUAAGUAUCAAUCUCAGUUUGAAAAUGAUAUAAAGAAAAGUAAAAAAACUUCGUACGAUGCUUUUGUUAGUUUUCUAAACAAUAUAACUCUAAACAAUACGAAGCCUCAAAUUCCAGCGAAGCCUUCAUUGUCUAUUGAAGAGACAGUGAGAGCUAAAAAUGAUUUUGAGAGUCCAGUUUUGUGUUCAACAAGAGUUGAAGGAAGCCAAAAGCAGCAAGAGACUGUUAGUCUUUCAGAGAUCAAAGAGAGAUUGGCUCAAGUAACUCAACAAGGAUCGAGACAAGGACAACAAAGUGUUCGUUCAUCAUCAACAUUCCUCCGUCAAUCUUUCAAUUCAUCAUCGGCAAGCAUGAAUUCAAAGAAAGUCAUUCCAACUUCUCCAAUGUCGCACAGUUCGAUUGCAUCGUGGAACUUCUCAUUCAAUGACGAUCCAGUUCUACCAGUUAUGAGGAUGCCAAAGCCAAUAAUUGGUCUACCUUCAACUGCGCAAGAGCGAGCAGUUAUAAGUGAACUUUUAAGCACAUUAAUCGGCAUUAACGGAUCUUUAAUUGUACCAAAGAUGAAAACAACUUCGAUUGACAUUCGAGACGAAUUCUCGACGCCAAAUCAUUUAAAUGACAAUCGAAUUUGUGUCGUUGAAUUUGAGUUGAAUGAACAAAUACAAGAAUCGAUUCGAGACAUGCUCGGUGAUAUUCUCCCACUUGCUAAUUUCUAUUUUCAAAUUCAAAACUUUAUUGAAAUGUCGCGUGCACCUGACAGUGGUCAAGUCUUGCAAGCUUUAUCAGAAGCAAUGAGCAAACUAAUCACAGAUUAUUACGGCACAAUCGCACAACUUGAAGCAAUGCACAUUAAGGAAGAAUUAAAUCUUCAUAAAUUACUUUUCUAUUUACGUCCAAUCAUUCAAACGAUGGAGACAUUGACAAAAGUUUGUCAUGUUCUUCAAGUGAAUAAUGUUCGUGGUGGCAACGUCCUUACAAAACUUCACGACAACAUUGCUCUCUAUAGUGGCGAUAAAAGCUCACAAGAAAUUCUCAUUUAUCUAACACAAAAAGCUUCCGAACCUUACAUGGAAAUUCUCAAGUUGUGGAUUUUUAAAGGCGUCAUUCAAGAUCCAAAGAUGGAAUUUCUGAUCGAAGAUACCGAAAAAGAUUGUCAAGAAAGUGAAAAGAAUGAAAAUUACUUUGACAACUUUUGGGAUAAACGCUACAUGAUUCGUCAUGAGAAAAUUCCACGAUUUCUUGAGAAACAAGCCAACAUCAUUCUUCGAACUGGCAAAUAUUUGAAUGUUGUUCGUGAAUGUGGAAAGCGCGUCGUGUUCACUCACUCACAAACAAGUUUGAGAUUCUCGCAUACUGAUGAACAGAACUAUGUUAAUAUUAUUAACGAUGCUUAUACGUUUGCUUCGAAAGCUCUUCUUGAACUGAUCAUGAACGAUAACGAUCUCAUGGGUCACUUGUUGAGUGUCAAACGUUAUUUUCUGUUACAUCAAGGAGACUUUGUGGUUCAAUUUAUGGACGCAUGUGAAGGUGAAUUACUGAACAAUGUCGAUGAUGUAAUUCCAAUGCGUUUAGAGAAUCUUCUUGAACUUACCUUAAGAUUGUCAUCAGCAAAGCAUGACAAAUAUCAAGAUGAUUUACUAACAAUGCUUCUUCCCUUCGAUAUCUGCACACAAAUGUCGAAAAUCAUUAAAAGUGACAUGGGAGUUGAUGUUGACAGUGAGAUUGACGACACAUCAACUUUAAAAGGAAUCGAAUGCUUCACAUUUGGUUACACAGUUCAUUGGCCAUUAUCAAUUGUUCUCAACCACAUGACAAUCUCAAAAUAUCAACUCAUCUUUCGUCAAUUAUUCUAUUGUAAACACGUCGAAAAUUAUUUAUGUCGAGUUUGGAUUGCUAACACGAAUGCAAAGAAAUUUGAUCACAGCACGUCGGAACUUUAUCGAACUGCUUUCACUUUACGUCAAAGAAUGAUGAAUGCAAUUCAAAAUCUCGAAUAUUACAUGAUGAUUGAAGUCAUUGAACCAGUUUGGCAUAUUUUCAUGCAACAAUUGGCGAAGGCAAAGAACAUUGAUGACGUUUUGAUCUUCCAUGAAGACUUCUUAGAUCAUUGCUUGAAGAAUUGUAUGUUGACAUAUCCCGACCUUCUCAAACGAAUCAUCAGCGUUUGCAAUUCUUGCAUAAGUUUCUGUCAAUUUAUCGAGGAAGCGCAACGACAUUUCAUUGAUGCUGAAUUAUCGUCAAUGAUGUCGAAAAGUUAUUUAGAAGAUGAUUGUUCGGAUCAGCAGACAUCAAUCGAUGAAGGGAACAUCAUGACAUUCUCACAAAAGGUCGCUGAAUAUGAUGAAACUUUCACAACCAACGUCGUUCGUUUACUUGAUGCUGUAACUGAAAUUGCUGAGACAGACAACUCUGAAAAAUUCUUCUCGCUUUGCAAUCGAAUCAACUUCAAUCAUUACUAUACAAGCCAUUUGAAUUUACGACGAAAAUAAUUCACUUGUCGCAUCUUUUUUUCAUUUUAUUUCUCACUCUCAUAAAGAAUGCAAAAUAAAGUUUUUAUUUAAUUAUUUCA